AGUAGGCGGAGCGUGGGUACUGCUCUGCUUGGCCCCCCUGGCUCCCAACGCAGCUCUUGAUCGCACUCCUCCGCCGCCUUAGUCAAGCUCGUCUCUGAAAAGGCCGCAGUUCCCCGAUUUGCGAUUCCUGAACUCAAAGCUCUGAGGCUACCUGCGUCUGGUUGUUUCUGCUCUUGAGAGAUGACGCUCAAGUCGAGCGAAGGCGAGGGAGGGAACAGCAUGCGCACCGCACUCUCGGACCUCUACCUGGAGCACUUACUACAGAAGCGCAACCAACCUGAGAUUUCAUUGAACCAGUCAAAUGUUGCCACUGAGGACAUGUACACCAAUGGGUCCACUGCUCCAGGUAGCCCUGCCCAUGCCAAAGGGCAGGAGGCACGGAGAGUUCGUCUCAUACAAUUUGAGAAGAUCACAGAAGAGCCCAUGGGAAUCACUUUGAAGCUGAAUGAAAAACAGUCAUGUACUGUGGCCAGAAUUCUCCAUGGUGGCAUGAUUCAUAGACAAGGCUCCCUUCAUGUUGGGGAUGAGAUCCUAGAAAUCAAUGGCACAAAUGUGACUAAUCACUCAGUAGAUCAGCUGCAGAAGGCAAUGAAGGAAACCAAAGGAAUGAUCUCAUUAAAAGUCAUUCCUAAUCAGCAGAGUCGUCUUCCUGCACUACAGAUGUUCAUGAGAGCACAGUUUGACUAUGAUCCCCAAAAGGACAAUCUUAUCCCUUGCAAGGAGGCAGGACUGAAGUUUGUUACUGGAGACAUUAUCCAGAUAAUCAACAAAGAUGACAGCAAUUGGUGGCAGGGGCGGGUGGAGGGCUCCUCCAAAGAGUCUGCAGGAUUGAUCCCUUCUCCUGAGCUACAGGAAUGGAGAGUGGCAAGUGUGGCUCAAACUGCUCCAAGUGAAGCUCCAAGUUGCAGUCCCUUUGGGAAGAAGAAGAAGUAUAAAGACAAGUACCUGGCUAAGCACAGUUCCAUUUUUGACCAGUUGGAUGUUGUUUCCUAUGAGGAAGUUGUUCGGCUCCCUGCGUUCAAGAGGAAGACCCUGGUGUUGAUUGGAGCUGGUGGGGUUGGUCGGAGCCAUAUUAAGAAUGCUCUGCUCAGUCAGAAUCCAGAGAAGUUUGUAUACCCUGCCCCAUAUACAACAUGGCCACCAAAGAAGAGUGAGGAAGAUGGGAAGGAGUAUCACUUCAUCUCAACAGAGGAGAUGACAAAGAACAUAUCUGCCAAUGAGUUCUUGGAGUUUGGCAGCUAUCAGGGCAACAUGUUUGGCACCAAAUUUGAAACAGUGCACCAGAUUGAUAAGCAGGACAAGAUUGCCAUCCUUGACAUUGAGCCCCAGACCCUGAAGACUGUUCAGACAGCUGAGCUUUCACCUUUCAUUGUGUUCAUUGCACCUACUGACCAGGGCACUCAGACUGAAGCCCUGUAGCAGCUGCAGAAGGACUCUGAGGCCAUUCGUAGUCACUAUGCUCAUUACUUUGACUUCUCUUUGGUGAAUAAUAGUGUGGAUGAAACUCUUAAGAAACUGCAAGAAGCCUUUGACAGGGCUUGCUGUUCUCCACAGUGGGUGCCUGUCUCCUGGGUUUACUAAGCUUAUAGAAUUGGCAAACAUGUUCCAGCCAGCAUUUGGAAUGCCACCACCCUUGCUUAAGCCAAAAGGUUUGCUUCAACUUCUAUCUCUCUGUAACUGUCCCAAGUAUGUCUUCUCACUCAGGCUCCUAAAAGGGUGAAGUUUUCCUACUAUCUAGAUUUCAAAAUCAUCUCUGGAAAUUGGCCAUAGGAAUAACCAAAUGCAACUGCUGCACAGAAAAACCAACUGUUCCCUCUCCUUCUGAAAGCCUGAGCUCCUUUGCUUUCAACUAUAGAAUGUGUUUUUACUCUGGAACAAGUAUUUUCUGAAACUUUCUAAAAUGCCAAAAUCAAACAACUGUAGGGAAACCUUCCAAAGCAAUAAAAAUGCCUCUGUGUCAAGGUACCAGUGAUCCUGUAACUCCAUUCCCAUCUGAACCACACAAUCCCCUAAAGAUUCAAGUGUUUUAUCUUCUUAAACCUUCCAGACAAUUGCAUCAACCUAAGAUCUCUGGGAAUUACAGCUGAGAUUCUUUACAACGGUGUCCUUAGAAAAACCUGUCAGUCUCUACAGGUCUCUAAGGGCUGGUGUUCACAAUGCAUAAAGUUUUCUUCUCCAGGACUUGUUAAGUCAUAAGAGAAUGGUUGAAAACACGUUACAAAAGCAGGGGCUGCAUUGGGCACUCCAUACCUGCCUAUGCCCAGGUUCAGACAUCUGCAGUAUUAACAAUUUCCCCUAAAACUUCUGCUUAUAUUCAUAGUUUUGAGCACAUAUUUAAGCAAUCCUGGGCUAUGUCACAAGACAAAUCCCCCCCCCAACACACACACACACACACACACACACACACACACACACGCUAUCACUGAUCACUCUGCAGCCAACAUCAAAACUGACAGUUUCCUACCUGGAAUACCUCCAACUUUUUCACAAGCCCAUCUAACCGCCAGUACACACUACACGAUAGACCUACCCCUUCCCUGUUUUCUGAAGAACCCUGAAUUAGUAAUGAUCUCCCUGAGAGCAGAUGACUGCAGAUAAUAGGCCCCAAUGACAAUGUAAGAAAGACUCAGAAUUUAAAAAUGCAAAUU